AUGCAGGCACACCUCUCAGACCUGGCUUCUGAGCCAGAGUCGCCACAUUUCCGAACGUGCCAACGCGUCUACAAUCGGUGUCAGCGCAUCCUCUUUGAAGACCCCGAUCCCGAAAUGAUGAUCCCAGAUCGUCAUCUGCUUCCAUUGUUCCAUCCAUUCUUCGAGGUGCGUCGGAAAAUGUGGCCUGGCAACACAAAAACCGCCUUGGCCGGCAUGGCAUCUGCUGUUCUAGCCAUUGGUCGCCCAGACGUGGCUCAAUACGGCCAAAAUCUAGCUUUGCAGCAAGGCAGAUUGCCCCCUAGUGACUUGAUCAUCCAUCAACCUUCCCGCGAUGCGUCUGCCGCGUCUGCUUCGUCGUCUGUCGAUCACCCUCCUGGUGAAGACACUGAGCAUGCAGUGUCCAGUGUACAUGCUUCUUCCACCCCAACGUCAGCCUCGCUAUCAACCACCGCACCUUCCGCACCAGAAAAGCCUCCUGCCUCCCUUGUAUCGCCUUCUGGUGCCGCUGGCUUCCCUGACGACAGGCAUGCGCCUUUGCCACAUGAACCGCCAGCCACCUUUGCCUCUGCUCAGCAGCAUGAUACCAAGCCAGACCCUGUACAGCAAGUGUUUGGACAGGACGACAGCGGAACCCCUCGCAACGCCGCGCCUCUGCCUCUACCACAGCCCCUGCCAUCCACGCCAACAACCCCAAGCGCGCCAACGACGAUGCCCAGUCAUACCACUACCACAUCCGCACUUCCGCCUUUGAACCCCAACAGCCAUGAGUAUGCAUUGCAUCAAAAGUACCUUUGCUCGCAUUAUGGUCGUACUGAGAUGCAGUUCUUGCAAGCUCUCCAGGACAUCCCUUCGCGCUUGCAGCAGCUUCCCAAACCAGCGCGACUCUCGGCUCUGCGUGCCGAGCUUACCAGCUUGAAUCGCACGUUGCCCGCCGAAGUCUGUUUCCCGACUUGGUGUGCUGGAUCCCCCGCUGGAUCUGCACACCCAGAGAGGCAUCAUCGCGUUAUGCGCAUUAGUGCGUCCGAAGCUGUCGUCCUCAAUUCGGCAGAUCGCGUGCCGUACCUGCUGCACGUGGAAGUGCUUCGUAAUGACCUAGACUUUGAUCCAAACCGGCGCUACAAUCGCGAGCUACUACACUCUAUCCUUCAAAAUCGCGACCGCUCACUCAGGCCCCUGCUGAUGGCCCAUACAAAGCGCCCUUCGAUACCCCGUCACCCAGGGGCGCUACCUGACGAUCCCGCGCCUGGGGAUCAACAAUCUGGCGAAGUCGAUCUCACCGAGCAAAUGUACGGCUCCGAUCUCUCAGCCUUUGGCAUGGUGCACGAAGAUGUCGGCAUCCAAGAGGAGUUCGGCACAAAGAACGACACCCUCGAUACCGCCGCUUGGGCACAUGCGUCCAACGCCAACGAGCAGCGUGCAGACUUCUCUCUCGACGAGUAUUCUCAGCGCAUGCGCACGGCUGCCGUCAUGCUAGCUCAACUCAACAAGGGCAGCACCUUGCCGCGUACUGCCGCCGCCUCUGACGCCGCCGAGCCUGGAAAUGAACCUGCACCGACGCGCGUGUCGUAUGCUGAUGCACAGGUCAUUCGUCAGCGCAUCAUGGACGAGAUGACCGCUCUCGAAGAGCAGCGCAUGAAGCGCAUGAAACGGGGGGGUCAGUUCUUUACGCGACGCAAACGCAACAUGAUGGGUGCCGAGGAUGAGAGUGCCGUGCUAAAAGCCGUUAAUAAAGACGAUCCCUCUGCCGCAUACUUCCGCGAGUCUUGGACCAUCAAAAAGGACCGCAUCCGUGCCUCGUCUCCCUACGGCAGCCUACCUGGCUGGGAUCUCUUUUCAGUUAUCGUCAAGACCGGUGCUGAUUUACGGCAGGAACUCUUCGCCGUGCAGCUGAUUCACGAAUUUAAGCGUGUAUGGAGUGAGUGCCGAUCAUCUUGCUGGGUGCACUACUUUCGCAUUGUGACCCUCAACGAGUCGGCAGGUCUUAUUGAAACGAUCACAGAUGCCAUUUCUGUGCAUUCGAUCAAGAAGGCUGCGUAUGCAAGUCAAAUGGCCGGCCAGCCCAUCUCCACCUACACACUGUAUGACUACUUUGUACAGACGUAUGGGGAUCCACACUUACCCCGUUUCCGCCGUGCACGGCGCAACUUUAUGGAGUCACUCGCCGGCUAUGCAAUUGUGUCUUACCUCUUACAAAUCAAAGACCGCCACAACGGCAAUAUUCUCGUCGACGCAGACGGCCACCUGAUUCAUAUCGACUUUGGAUUUAUCCUUGGCUUGUCGCCUGGCGGCGUCGGCUUCGAAGCCGCGCCGUUCAAAUUUCCUCGCGACUAUAUCGAUAUUCUUGGCGGUAUGGACAGUGAUGGCUACAAUGAAUUCAAAGCCCUUAUGCGCCAAGGUUUUCGUGACGUCCGAAAACACGCCGAGCGAUUCAUCCUCUUAGUCGAGCUUAUGCAGCGCAAUUCUCACUUGCCCUGCUUUGCGGCAAGCGAUAACGCUGCUGCUCAGCUUCGAGACCGGUUCCAGCUUAAUUUCACCUCUGCGCAGUGUGAUGAAUUUGUCGAUAAACUCGUCCUCAGUGCAGCUGGUAGCGCUUUCACUCGCUUGUACGAUCAGUACCAGAACUUCACGCAGAGUAUCCUUUAA